AUGUCUUCCUCUCGUUCUCUGACAGUUGAUCGUCCCUUUACUAUACCUGCUUCAAAGAGUGGCAAACCUUGUCGAUCUUCAUCUCAUUCGUCCUCCUCUUCUUCUUCUUCUUCCUCCUCCUCAAUCAAUGACCAGCAUCACCGUCUACGACAGGCUGCAGUGGGCACAGGAGUAGGUCGCAAAGUCGCUGCUACGCUCGAGCUAUUCAAAGAAUCAGCUGCACCUCCGUCAUCUGAAGAAAAAGCUCGAGAAACAUUUCAGUCCGAAUCGUCUAUCGCCAAACGCAGGCCUGUUUCUUCUCAGAAACCAGAUAAAGUCGCUGAGACCAAGUUUGAAUUUUUCAAGCGGUCGGACUGGCCGGAUCCUGAGACAGCCGCGAUCAGAAGGGAAAGAAGUUCUACUGCUUUAGAAAGAGUCAGAACACGGGAGAGUAUUGUAACAAACGCUAGUCUGAAGGAUUCGGACACUUUUUGGGAAAAGGAGAGAAAGUCGUCGACUCGAGAAAACAUUAUCAACGAUCUAACGCAAUGGCGUAAGGAGGUGUCAGCGAGGCAGGAAGUUGGGCGUGGUAGGCGUCGCGAGAGAGCUUCGGAGGCCCCAGACUUCGACGCUGACAUGCGAUUAGUCGAUGGUGUUACUUUGCCAUCGUCUGCACCCCUCGAAACUCACAUAAAUGCUAUCUCUUCAUCUCCGUAUAACCGACCAUCAUCCUCCAGAGGCUACCCACCAUCUCCCUCGCCAUCCCAUUCGCCCUUUGACCGUGCCCCAUCAUUCCCUUUCUACGGCAUUGCGCAGGAAUUGAAUGGCAAUUCUCAGGGUCUGACGUCAGAUUUCAACCAGUCACGGAGUAGUUCUCCUUCUUACUCCAGUGCUCCCACACCCAUACGAACCGCAUCACCAUAUGUCUCUACUUCCAUAACUUUGCCUCCCCUGUCGUUGCCUGCUCUCGAAACUGCUCCUUAUUCUCCUUGGUCCACAGAUGAUGAGUCCGCUUGGGAAACUGGUUCCAUAACAUCCACUACCUCUGCUACUUCCUCCCCUUUGCGAUUAACUUCGCAUUCUUCAAUAUAUCACGCUACAUACAGUGACGAGGACGAUGAAAAUCAUGAGGUAUCUCAUGUUAUGCCACAAAAUGAAGAGUCUCCUGAAGGCUCUAACACUUUCGAAGACGACGACUUACUGGCCUUGGGCCUUGAUCAGCCGCAAGAGACGUUACCCCAUAUUCCCUUGCGGCCAUUCCGUAACCAGGUUGGAGGGCAUAGUGCCAUCUAUAAAUUCACUAAGAGAGCGGUCUGUAAGCCUCUUGUGUCACGAGAAAAUUUGUUCUACGAAGCAGUGGAGCGAGAGGCUCCUCCUUUAUUAGGAUUUAUCCCAAGAUAUUUAGGUGUCAUGCUCGUUAGCUACAGGCGCGUCCCUAAGGGAGUAACCACACCACCUAGUCCGGAUCUAUCAUUGACUACUCCCAAACCUCACGCUGCUAUUGAGUCAUCUCAGCCCCGUCCUUCUAUGCGUCAAUCUGUCAGCGAUCCUUCCUACAAAUUAUCCAGUUCAUCCGUAUCUAAGGUUCCUACCAAUACUAGCGUGCCAGAGGAGGAUGAAGGGGGCGACACUGAUCCAGCCGAAGCCGAAAUGCCUGAAGUAGUCCUCGAUCGUAAUCGUCACAUCAUCCCUCCAUGGAUGCUUCGUGGCAAUCCACGCAAUCGUUCCAUGUCUCACAGCUACACCGCUGGACAAUCUUGCCUAUCCAACAGACACUUGAAGCGGCUACACUUCAACGGUGCUACGGCUUCGAGUCCUGACCUUGGACUGAAUACGGGCUCGGUGGCACAGAGUCAGUUGGCGUUCAGGCGCAGUCCGCUUGCUAGAAAGGAUAGAACUUCAGACGAGGAGACGAGCGCACCAACACCUGCAAACUCCCCGUGUCAGUCGGCUCAUAUUCUACCUGCCCACUCAUUUUCUGCCACUGGUUCUAUACGUCCAUGUUUCAGUUCCGAAGGAGAGGAGUUGUUCACUCGACCCGAGAUGAGGGCAUUCCACUCUGAACUUGCAUCGCCGACACCUGGUUCAUUUGGUGGUACUGGCUCGACUAUGGUUAACACCAAACUCAAGGAUCACGUCUUCAGCACAAUAUUAAGGAGAUUUCAUAGGCGAAGCCGGCGUCGAUGGGCUUCAACUGAUGUUGGGACUGAGGAUGAGGGUGAUAUGGCUGAUCACGAGGGAGGUGUGACGUGUCCCAGAAGGAGGAGACUGCACUCACAGAUGAAGAAACAGUCCGUUGGUCAGGUGGUGGAGUCGCUGAAACAAGAGGGGAGCGGUCGCUCGCUAUCUGCCAUCCGUCGUGUGCAGAGUGAAUCUGCAAUGAGCCCGUCUCACUUUGAGGGAUCGGAGGGAAGGGACAAUGACUCUUUAAGAGAAAUUUUCGAGAUGGAGUAUGACCAUGCCGAUGGUUUGAACCAUCUGAAGCCGUCUUUUUCCCGUAGGCGAAGCCGUUCCCGUUCUCUGGACCAAGUAGGAUAUACUCCACGGGUAGCAUCUGCACCUGUAGUACCAACCAGAUCGUCGCUGCAGAAACACGACUGCGAGUCUCUAGUGACGCGCCAGAAUCAUUUCAUAUUAAUGGAAGACUUGACUGGUAGACUGAAGCACUCUUGUGUCCUAGACCUGAAAAUGGGCACUCGACAGUAUGGCAUGGACGCGACUUCUGCUAAGAAGAAGAGUCAGCGCAAGAAGUGCGACCGAACUACCAGCAGAGUGUUGGGUGUGAGAGUAUGUGGGAUGCAGGUUUGGAACCACGUGACUCGGACGUAUGUGUCCCAGGACAAAUAUAUGGGUCGUGAAGUGCGCCCGGAAGAUUUCCCGUCUGUUCUUGCCUCCUUUCUGUAUGACGGCGAGCGCCUACUGGCCUACCAUAUUCCCAUCCUGCUUCAAAAAUUAUACGCUCUCACUCGGAUCAUUAACCGGUUGAAGGGGUUCCGCUUUUACGGAUGCAGUCUUCUCCUGAUAUACGACGGAGAUCGUGAAGCUCAGGACGCCUUCAGAUCAUCGGCGUUGGAGCAUCCGUCAUCUCGGAGCAAACGAGGAGAGUCGUUGGAGAGGCAGGCAUCACGCACCAGGUCGACAAAUAAACACGCAAGGCCCUCUCUCAGACGUUCGCACAGCGAGGAUCUGCUUGUCGGUCCCGUAGCGAAGCGGUCGAAUGGGCGACGUAAGCGCGGCGAGAUGAACGUCCGUAUAGUCGAUUUCGCGCAUACCACCACAGGGCGAGACUGGCUUCCUUAUCCUUCCACCUUUGACGGGGACGUCACCCGAGAAGUAUCUAGUUCUGAGGGGUACCAGGCCGAGGUGGAUCCCGAAACAGGUCUUAUCUACGCCAGGUUUCCUCCACAUUAUCCUGAGGAGCCUGAUCGUGGAUUCUUGUUCGGUUUGAAAAACCUGACUGAAACGCUGGAGAAGAUUUGGAAUGAAGAGCGUAUCAGGAGGAUCAAAGCUGCCCGUGAUGAUCCAAAUAUCGCGGCACACCAGCUUCCACCGUUGGCGACUGAUGGCAAAGAUAUAUUUGAAGAGAUAUUUGGCUGCUCUGACGAAGACGAUGAUCCAGGAAUGAUAUCCACAUAA